GCCUCUGCUGCCCGACGUCAUCGCCGCGCGCCGCCGCCCUCCGCCCGGCAGCGCCAUGUCCUUGUGGGUGUCCCGGCUCGGCCGGGCCGCGGCCGCCCGGGGCCGGCGGGGCAGCUCCGGGCCGGGCAGCGCCGCGCUGGGCUCCGUCCUGCUGCGGGCAAGAAUCCACACCAGCCCUGAGCAGAGCCUGCAGUACGGGUGGCUGGCCUACAUGUUGGGAGAAAGGACCAGCAAGAAGUUCACAGAGCACAGCAAAGUCUUCACAGUGGAGGGGAAUCUGUCUUCUGGGAAGGGCAAGCUGGCCCAGCAGAUAGCAGACAAGCUGGGAAUGAAGUACUUCCCUGAGGCGGACAUCCACUACCAGGACAGGCUCUCAGGGGAUGGGGAGCUGCUGCCUGAGAAGUUCAAUGGAUUCUGCAGCCUGGAGAAGUUCUACACGGAGCCCAAGUCCCCCGACGGGCACUCGUACCGCCUGCAGUCCUGGCUCUUCGGCAGCCGCGUCCUGCAGUACGCCGACGCCCUGGAGCACCUGCUCAGCACAGGUCAAGGCGUGGUGCUGGAGCGCUCUCCCUACAGCGACUUCGUGUUCCUGGAUGCCAUGUUAAAGCAGGGAUAUGUGCACAAGAGAUGCCUUGAUCACUACAAUGAGGUCAAGGAGAUCAGCGUUUCUGAGUUCCUGCCGCCUCACUUGGUCAUUUAUGUAGAUGUGCCUGUCCCAGAGGUCCAGAAGAGGAUUCAAGAGAGGGGCAAGCCAUAUGAGAAAAAGGUGUCUCCUUCCUAUCUCCAGAGCAUUGAGGAUGCUUACAAGAAGACCUUCCUACCAGCAAUCAGCGAGAGCAGUGAAGUUCUGCAGUACACAGCAGCUGCAGCUGAGGAUGUGGAGAAGGUAAUUGAAGACAUCGAGUACCUGAAGUUUGACAAGGGGCCAUGGGUGGAGCAAGAUGAUGUUUCUUUCCAUCAUUUGAGACUUUAUGUGCAGGACAAGGCUGGAGUGCUGGAUUCCGUGUCCAUCCCGCGCUUCAUCCCCGAGAUCACCAUCGGCGGCACUGAGUAUGACAAGAUCUAUUACGAGUACCGGGCGCUCCCUGGGCGCAAGUACAAGCCAGGCUACAACGCUGACGUUGGGGACAAGUGGAUCUGGCUGAAAUGAAAUCCUUUCCUGCUGGAGCCCUGGCCAGGAUGGACCACAGGACCUGAGGGAAGAGGAGCCACGUUCAGUGCACCUGCUCCACAUCACUUGUGCAGCACCAAGGAAACGCUGCUUAAAUCAUUUCCCAUCCCCAGCAGAAGGGAGUAGACUCCCAGAAGGAAAACCACUUUAUUCUGGUUUGUUUUUCCCUGAGGAACUCAGGGAUGUUGGAUAGUCAGUAUGGGAUAGCCAAGUGAGCUGGGGCAGGCUCAACACCAGAGCUGAAUUUUCUCUUCCUCAAGACUGUGACACAUUAUUAUCCAGGAUUAGUGUUGUUCUGCUGAUUCAAGAGAAAUUAAACCUGUACCCUCCUGGCUCUCACAAAGUUAAUUUCUUGUUCUCU